CCACUACUUAGUUGUCCACAGUUAUUUCCCUCCUUCGCCAGCCCCUCCCUCUCUUCACAGUUCACUGUGCCAGAAGUAUAAGCCAACGCCUCAUAGUAAUAGGGAGUAAUAGAGACCAGAGAGCGAAGAAAGCAAUGAUGAAGGAGGAGCAUACUCCUAUAGAUGGUGGCAGCAGCCACAGUUGGGCGCGUGUGUGCGACGCGUGCCAUUCGGCAGCGUGCACCGUGUACUGCAGGGCUGACUCUGCCUACCUAUGCUCUGGAUGUGAUGCCCGUAUCCACGCCGCCAACAGGGUGGCAUCGCGCCAUGAGCGCGUGUGGGUGUGUGCGGCGUGUGAACGUGCUCCGGCAGCCUUCAUUUGCAAGGCUGACGCGGCAUCACUCUGCACCACUUGUGAUGCGGACAUCCACUCCGCCAACCCUCUGGCGCGCCGCCACCACCGUGUCCCCAUUCUUCCCAUUCCCGGCUGCCUCUACGGCUCCCCAGCCACCGACCCAGGGGGCUCCAUAAUUGGGACCCCAGGGGAUGCCGAGGAUGGGUUCUUGGCUCCAGAGGCUGACGAACCAAUUGAUGAAGACGAUGAAGAUGAAGCGACUUCAUGGUUGUUGUUUAAUCCUGUUAAGAACACCCACCAAAGCAACGAUGGGGUUUUGUUUGGUGGAGAGGGAGUUGAUGAGUACCUGGACUUCGUUGAGUACAAUUCAUGUCAAGAGAGUCAGUUCAAUGACAAGUAUAAUAAUCAGCAGCAACGCUAUUCUGUGCCUCAGAAGAGCUAUGGAGGAGAUAGUGUUGUGCCAGUUCAGUGUGGAGAGGCGAAGGAUCAGCUUCAACAGCAGGAACACCAGAAUUUUCAGCUGGGGAUGGAAUAUGAGGCAUCAAAGACGGGGUAUGGUUACCCUGCUUCAAUCAGUCACAGUGUGUCCAUUUCAUCCAUGGAUGUUGGUGUCGUCCCAGAAUCUACAGUAAGUGAUGUUUCAAUCCCGCACGCCAGACCCCCCAAAGGGACAAUUGACCUUUUCUCGAGUCCUCCUAUGCAAGUGCCACCCCAACUUACUCCAAUGGACAGAGAGGCCCGAGUCCUAAGAUACAGAGAGAAGAAGAAGACACGGAAGUUUGAAAAGACAAUCAGGUACGCAUCAAGAAAGGCCUAUGCAGAAACCAGACCCAGAAUCAAAGGUCGAUUUGCAAAGAGAACAGAUGUUGAAGUUGAAGUGGAUCAGAUGUUCUCCACAACGCUAAUGGCAGAAAGCGGAUAUAGAAUUGUCCCCUCAUUUUGAAAUCCACCAACAAAAGAUAAACAAGGAACUCUCUUCACAUGAGAGUUGUACCAAUUUCCUAAAACAAGGAACUCUCUUCAGAUAGAAUUGGAUCUUUUUCGAUGUAACUGUUUUGCCAAAUAAUUAGCAUUACGCUCAGAAAUUUGUAAAUUUUCCUGUUCAAGUAUAGACUUUCUUGUAAAUGCAUGUAUAGUUAUUUGUUUUUCUCAGAAUAUUCCUUUUGAACGAAUUUGCAUAUAUAUGUUCAACUUUUUUUGGUAUGUAACCACUGG